AUGCCUCGCUUCGGUGAUGCAAGUUCAAUCCACUGGUUUAAAGUUGAACCCAAUUGCACAUUUCACAUCAUCAAUAGUUUUGAAGAUGGUGAUGAGGUUGUAGUGUGGGGUUGCAAAGCUCUUGGCUCAGUUAUACCAGGACCUGACAUGAGUUUGAAUCAAUGUGGGUGGUUGCCAAGAAGAUUUAAGUCUGCAGAUCCAAGUAAAGAAAACAAUGAUGAUAUUUCGGCAGAGGAUGGAAAAUUAUUUUCUCAUGCUUAUGAAUGGAGAUUAAACAUGAACACCGGAAAAGUCAGGGAGAGAUAUCUCACUGGAAAAGAGUUUUCCAUGGAUUUUCCCAUGAUCAAUGGAGCUUUUUCAGGUGUUAAAAAUAGAUAUGGCUACACCCAAGUAGUUGACUCAAUUGCAAGCUCUACCUCAGCCAUGCUCAAAUAUGGUGGUCUAGCCAAGCUGCAUUUUGAAGAGCCAGCUGAUGUUUCUUUGAGAAAUGAAAGCCAAUUAGAGGUGGAAACCCACAUGUUCGAGGAGAAGAGCUUCUGCAGUGGAGCUGCUUUUGUCCCCAAACAAGGAGGCCUUGAAGAAGAUGAUGUAUGGGCCAUCACUUUUGUUCACAAUGAAGAUACCAACGUAUCUCAAGUUUACGUGAUCGACACCAAGAAGUUUUCCGAUGAGCCUGUUGCUAAAAUCACAUUGCCAUGCAGAGUUCCAUAUGGAUUUCAUGGAGCUUUCAUGCCAAUGUCAUAA